UGAGCAGUGCGGCUACUCGGUGACGGAUCCGGCGACGCACGUGUCUCCCACCCCGCGCCUCCACGAUGCCCAAGAGGAAGGUUAGCGCGGUUGGAGCGGCGAAGGCGGAGCCCAAGCGCAGCUCCACGAGGCUGUCGGCCAAGCCCGCCCCUGCCAAGGUGGACGCGAAGCCGAAAAAGGCCGCGGGAAAGGAUAAAGCAUCAGACAAAAANGUGCAGAUAAAAGGAAAGAGGGGCGCGAAGGGCAAGCAGGGCAAGCAGGCUGACGUGGCCGACCAGCAAACCACAGAUCUGCCUGCAGAAAACGGAGAGACGCAAAACCAGAGUCCAGCCUCUGAAGAAGAGAAAGAAGCUAAGUCCGACUAAGCAUCCAUCAUGUCCUGUCAGUGGUCCCGCCUCCCUUCUUGUACAAUCCAGAGGAAUAUUUUUAUCAACUAUUUUGUAAAUGCGAGUUUUUUAGUAGCUCUAGAANCAUUUUUAAAAGGUGAGGGGAUCCCACCUCAUCCCAUUUUUUAAGUGUAAAUGGUUUUCUUAAGAGGUUAAAUCAUUUGCUGGUUGUUUAUUUUUUGGUACAACCAGAAAAUAGCAGGAUACUGAAUCAGGAGAGGCUGUGACUGUCUCGGGGGUCACCAUAACAUUCCGUAGAUGGGGCUAGUUUUAUACCCUAUAA